AUGCUCUACAUUCACGAUGGACUCACACUAAGCCUCCAGAAGAGCAGGGUGUUUGCGGAAAACUUCGUCCUCACCGUGGACGAUGGCCUUACACAAACCGAUAAGAUUAUGAGAGGCGAGGAUCUCGGAAAUAAUUUGUUCCACGACGAGCAGGGGACAGCCGCCCUUCAGGUCGAAGACGCGAAUGGAACUGUACAAGUGACGGGGUUCCUGGAGCACACGCUAGCGAUCGAACCACUGCCACUGAUCGCCCGAUCUGGCGACGGACGCAUUGCCCACAUACUUUUGGAGAUCGACUACGAGGCACAAGCCCGCAGCCCUCCUUCUUACCCUCCUCCGCCGCCUUACAGUGUUGUGGACGUCGUGGUCGAACACAGAGUCAAAAAGGUCCCGGAAGAGUUCCUUGUCGAGACCCGCAUCAUUUCCGAUCAUCACAUGAACAAGGGCAAGACUGAAAAAGAACUUAUCGAUUACUACGGAGUCCGAAUGAACCUGGUCAAUCAUCACUUCAAGCAGGUCACCGCACCCCGGGUAAAGUUCCUCACCGUGGGUAUUGUACUGAGCAAGAAAGAACCGUAUGCUCGCGUUGUUCAAGACACGAAAAAAAACAGGACGUCUACCUUGCUCUAUGAUACCCUCAAGUAUCUAGUGGACACCUUGAACAGGACGGGACAACACAAAAAGCAGGACGCAGUGGUUUUCAACACGGGGUAA